AUGCGGUCCCUACGACUGCUUUCUCUUAUUGGGGCUUGGAAUCGGCACAUAACGAUCCUGCCAAACAACAGCUUUUGUCAGUCGCGGAAUGUUGCCUCUGCUCCUUGUCUCCAAUGGCCUCUGACCAUUGACCUGUCUAACAACAAGAUCGAGCACCUCCCACCCGCUCUCAUCGGCAAGUUCACGCUGCUCAGGAGUCUGUCCUUGAACCACAACAAACUGACUGUUUUACCAGAGGAGCUGUGCAAGUUGACAAAGCUAGAGACCCUACACCUUAACAACAAUCACCUGACACAGCUGCCAUCUGCCUUUGGGCAAUCGUCUGCCCUCAAGUCCCUGAGCCUCUCUGGGAACCGGCUUCGAGGUAUACCAUCUCAGCUCUGUAGCCUACGACACUUGGAUGUGGUAGAUCUCUCUAAAAACCAGAUUCAAAGUAUACCUGACACAUUAGAAGAACUACAGGCUAUUGAACUGAACCUCAAUCAGAAUCAGAUUUCUCAGAUCUCACCACAGACAUCACCACAGCAUACUGCACAUGUGCUAACUAUAAGCACCCUGCUAUUAUUAUGUAAAUCCUCUUUAAUGCUAGUAUCUCUGCUUCAAGUAGAACCGAAGUUGUCACACCCCCCUGACUUCUCAGGAAGGCUGAAACACCCCCAAGGGAAGAUGAGAGGCAGAACCAAACAUUGUCAGCAGGUUCCCUUGAAGCAUCUUAUACCUCACCAAGAGUUCCCCCGCUGUCUGUGGCCCUCUACAGGUAGCCACAUAGGUCUUUGA